AUGGCCUCUCGCAUUACGUUUUUCCUUGGAAUCUUUGGCGCCCUGGCGUCGAUCGCCAAUGGCCAUAUGAUCUUGAACACGCCACACCCUUACGGCCCGGAGACUCUCAACAACAGUCCUCUUGCUUCUUUCGCCGAGUUCCCAUGCAAGCAGCGUCAGGGCGUCUACGCAGCUAGUAAGGGCGAGAAUAAGUUUUCCGUGGGAGACUCGCAGUCCCUUACCUUCACCGGCAGUGCUGUCCAUGGCGGCGGUAGCUGCCAAGUCAGUAUCUCUAUGGACAAGGAGCCCACUGCUUCUUCAACAUUUAAGGUUAUCCACUCUAUUGUCGGUGGCUGCCCUGGGGUGGGUUCCUCUCCGUCCGACUUCAAGUUUUCGGUCCCAAAGGGCUUCCCUAACGGCGAGUUCGCGCUUGCUUGGACCUGGUUCAACCACAUUGGUGCGAGAGAGUUCUACAUGAACUGUGCGCCUAUUACCGUUACUGGCGGUGCCGACGGCGAGGAGGGCAAGAAGUUUUUCAAUUCUCUGCCUGACAUGUACGUCACCAACCUGCCGGGCCAAUCUGGAACCCGUGAUACCGCCUGCGACUCCCCCGAAGGAAAGGAUCUUACGUUUCCCAACCCGGGAGAUUCAGUUGAAACUGUCGGCUCAGGUCCAUUCGCUACACUGGCUCCUAGCUGUGGCCAGGUGGCCGGCAGCAGCAACGCUGGUACCGCGAACUCCAACGACGAGCCAGCUGCUCCGCAGGCGAGCUCUGCGGUCACCUCCCAGGCGGCUGCCUCUCCUGCUCCCACUCCCGCAGCUGGUCCGGCUCAAGGCAACACCCAGAGCUUCUCGACGGUCUACGUGACUGCUACUGUGACUACUCCCAAGACCUCUCAGUCGACAGCUGGCAGCGUUGGUGGUAGCUUCGCUGAAAGCGGUAGCUCUGGAUCCACUGGAAGCGGCAGCUCCGGAUCCACUGAAGGUGGUAGCUCCGAUUCCACUUGCGGUAGCGACGGCACACUGGUGUGCAAUGGCGAAGACAAGUUCGGAAUCUGUGACCACGGCAAGAUUGUGUGGAAGCCAGUUGCGUCAGGCACCAAGUGCAAUAACGGCAAGAUCAUGAAGCGCGGACUGAGGUUUUACUAUUAG